AUGGCGGCCGCCGAAGUGGGAGAAGACAAGUACCGGUCCUUCAUCCACGGUGAGAGCGAGAAGAACACCGUGUGGAGGUAUGGCGCCCCGCCCAACUACGACAUGGUGAACAAGCUCUUCGAGGAGGAGAGGACUCAGGUGUGGCCCGAGGGCUCGCUGGAGGAGAAGGUGCAGCGGCUGCUCAAGAGCUGGGAGAUGGAGCUGGUGCACAAGGUGCGCCCCGAGGACCAGAAGACCGUCAACUCGGAGAAGUACAGCACCAGCACCAACGGGUUGAGUGUUCUGACCCGGGCCGAGGUGAUGGCCAUCGGCGGCUACAACAAUUUCCUGCGCACCACGCUGCCCCCGGAGCACCGCAUCUACGACCCGGACAGCGAGAGUCCGGAGUCCGCCAUGGACAUCUUCAAGACGGCCUUCCCGAGGGGGUUCGCCAUCGAGGUGCUCGACGUCUACAGCGGCCCGCCCAAGAUCGCCUUCAAGUUCCGCCACUGGGGGUACAUGGAGGGGCCCUUCAAGGGACACCCGCCACACGGCCAGCGUGUCGAGUUCAUCGGCGUCUGCAUCUUCCAUGUUGACGAGGAAAUGAAGGUGGAGAAGUCAGAGUACUUCUACGAGCGCGGCAACUUCCUCGCCAGCUUCUUGAGCGCCCCUGCCGCUGAUGGCGCGCCAGCUUCAGGAUCAGGUUGCCCCGUGAUGCGCGGGAACUGA